UUUUUUACUUUUGAUUACGAAGACAACAAAAUGGAUACUACACACAGCUGUCGUCGAGGCUACAUCUUGCUUCUGGUUCUAUCUUAUUCCUCUGCGUUUGGUUUAGCUUCCAAUAUGAGUAUUUCUAAUGAUACAAGCGGCAACAAAACCGACAGUUUCUUUGAAUCUCAAAGUACUUCCACUGAAUGGGGCACAGACAUGGGCAACAAAUAUAUUAUGUGUACAGAAUCUAAUAUGGACAUUCCAUGGAUGAUUUCUUGCAAUAAAUCUAAAGAAGUUUUUACAAGGAUCAAUUUUGCUGAUUAUGGAAAUCCUUCGGGUAAGUGUGAACAUUAUAGACACGGAAAUUGCGGUGCAAAAACUACUAUGGAAGUCGCCAAAAAGAAUUGUCUUGGAAAACACCAGUGUGUGUUUAAGGUGUCGGACGAGAUGUUUGGUACAAGUCACUGCAAAAAAGAGGCUAAGUUCUUUGUUCAAGUCACUUGUACAAAAGCUUAAGUUUCUUAGUUGCUCCUUAAUUAAUAAGGUCUUUAAGAAAAUGGUUGCAUGGUUUAUUUUCUUGUAAUGAUCAAGCUCUUGUUGAUUAUUAAAGGAAUGUCCGACAUAAGUUAUCUAUUCUA